CAAGGGGGUUGGACGCAGGGUAGACUGAGCAGCCAGUGGGAAGACCAGCUAAGACACCAGUUACUCCACACACAACUCCAACUCCCUCCUGCCCGAGGAUGUUCCACCAAAUUUGGGCAGCUGUGCUCUACCUCUAUGGCAUUCUCCUCAACUCCAUCUACCAGUGUCCUGAACACAGUCAACUGACAUCUCUGGGAGCCGAUGGGAAAGAGUGGGACCCACCUCUUCUGCUCCCCUCAUUGUCUCUCCAGUUCCCAGAGCCCCAUUUGGGCCAGUGGUAUUUUAUCGCAGGGGCGGCUCCCACCAAGGAGGAGUUGGCGACUUUCGACCCUGUGGACAACAUUAUCUUCAGCAUGGUCGCUGACUCCGUCCCGAUGCAGCUGCAGCUUCGUGCUACCAUCCGCAUGAAAAAUGGGAACUGUGUGCCCCGGAAAUGGAUCUACCACCUGACUGAAGGGAGCUCAGAUCUCAAAACUGAAGGUCGCCCCGACAUGAAGACAGAGCUCUUCUCCAGCUCAUGCCCAGGUGGAAUCAUGCUGAAGGAGACAGGCCAGGGUUACCAGCGCUUUCUCUUCUACAAUCGUUCACCAUACCCUCCCGAGAAGUGUGUGGAGGAAUUCCAGUCCCUGACCUCCUGCCUGGACUCCAAAGCCUUCCUACUGACUCCUAGGAAUCAAGAGGCCUGCCAGCUGUCCAGUGACUGACCUGUAACUUCAUCUGCGCCCCCGGAUGGAUACAGUGGGAGCCGAUGACGGGGACUGGGGCUGGGGGAAGGCUGGGAGCACCUGACUCCUAUUCAAGAAUAAUAAAGGUAACUUUCAAACCCUCAU